AUGGAGGCGCCGAGGCCCUUUGCACCGGACUGGUAUGUCCCCUGGCUCCCCCCGGCGCCGGGGGCCGAUUUGAAGCUGUGGCUCUGUGAGCUCUGGCUGCUACUGCUGACUCCGGGCCUGAGCGCGGACUUACUGCCGCACGAAGAGGACGUAAAGUUUAUCAAUGAGUACGUGAACCUCCACAAUGAACUCCGAAGCAAGGUCAAGCCCGCAGGGGCUAACUUGCGCUUCAUGACUUGGGAUGUAGCUUUGUCACGGACUGCUAGAGCAUGGGGGAAAAAAUGUGUGUUUGAGCGUAAUACUCACUUAGAAGAAAUAAACAUGGCCCAUCCUAUAUUUAAUGGUAUUGGUGAAAAUAUGUGGGUCGGCCUUGAAAAUGAAUUUACUGCAAGUAUUGCUAUCAGAAGUUGGUUUGCAGAGAAGGACAGGUACUAUUUUGGAAAUGGCACUUGCCGUGGUGACUGUUCUAAAUAUUUGCAGCUUGUUUGGGACAAGUCUUACAAAGUUGGUUGUGCUGUUACUCCAUGUUCAAGAGUUGGACGUAUUAAACAUGCAGCAAUUUUCAUAUGCAACUAUGCACCAGGAGCAACUCUAAGGAGACAGCCUUAUCAACAAGGAGUAGUUUGUUCUCAAUGUAGCAAAAAUGACAGAUGCACAGAUUUUCUAUGCAGCAAUGCAGAACGUGAGGAAGCCACAUAUUAUCAUUUUUGGUAUCCAAGAUGGGAAGUGCCCCGGCCACUUGUGUGUGACCCAAUCUGCAUUUUAACUUUCUUUUUGAGAACACUAAUUUUUAUAUUAUCUGUCACAAUUGUUUUGAUAGUACAGUCUCAUUUUCCAAAUAUAUUAUUGGAAGAACAGAUGACAUUUCCCCUUGAAGUAACAAAAAGAGAGGUAGAAGAGGAGGAAGGAGAGGAGGAAGAGGAAGAAGAAUCAGAGGAAGAGGAGAAAUCAGAGGAGGUGGAGGAGGAGGAGGAGGAAGAGGAGGAAGAAGAAGAGGAGGAAGAGGAGGAAGAUGAAGAUGAGGAGGAUGAAGAUGAAGACAAGGAGGAUUAG